GGGGGACGAAAUGUUCCUAGCGAAACGCGACCAACUUCGUUCGUAUUAUUUGCAGAGAGAAAUAAUGGGUUUCUCUCCUUUAUUUGUCUGGAAAAACAAUUUUAGAGCUUAUGCAUAUCUCUCUCUCUGUCAAUGUCAAAUUAAAUACUGAUAAUAAUGUGUGAUUAAAAGUAUAUACGAAUAUAUGUUAAAAAUAAUUCUUUAACAUUUGUAACGGAUUAGAAAUUUAUAGCUAAAUGCGCAUAUAAAAUUUUGUGAUUAUUCGAUCAAAACUUGUGAUAUAGAAAUGAAGAUUAUACGACAGGAAGAAUCUUUGGGAGGAUGGUACAUUGUAUCCUUGUUGAUUAAAUUAUUUGGUUUUCCAAUAACCAUUCCUUGGCUGAUUUAUCAUUUUAUUAACAUUAUGCAUCAAAAAUGGAAAAGAACAGGUCUUAAAAAUAAGGUGGUAAUGAUUACUGGCGCUAGUUCUGGUUUGGGAGAAGCUUUGGCUCAUGCAUUCUACCGCUGUGGUUGUAGAGUCAUCUUGGUAGCUCGUAGAAAAUGUGAAUUAGAGAGAGUAAAAAAUGAUUUGAUGAAGUCUUAUAAAACAGUUCCAACUCAUCCACCUGUUAUUUUGACAUUGGAUUUAACUGAUAUUAAUAACAUGAAAGAUGAAGUGUCAAAGAUCAUAUUGAUACAUGGCAGAAUUGAUGUUCUAAUAAAUAAUGCUGGUAUUUCAUAUAGAGGCAAAGUUAUUAAUACUCAUGUUGAUAUAGACAUAAAAAUCAUGCUGACAAAUUAUUUCUCUCAAGUUGCAUUGAGCAAAAUUAUUCUUCCAUACAUGAUAGAACAAAAAUCUGGUCAUAUAGUUGGUAUAAGUAGUGUGCAAGGGAGAAUUGCUAUUCCAUUUAGAUCCGCGUAUGCUGCAUCUAAGCAUGCGUUACAAGCUUGGUAUGAUACCAGUAGAGCAGAACUAGCGGACAAAAAUAUUAAGUUUACUGUCAUUAAUCCGGGGUACAUUAAAACAUCACUUUCUCUAAAUGCUUUAAAAGACGAUGGAGAAACUUACGGAUUGAUGGACAAAACAACUGAGAAUGGUUAUGAACCAGAAUAUGUAGCUGAACGUAUUGUAAAGUCUGUAGUGAAGCAAGAGACAGAAGUUACUAUAGCACCAAUUUCCCCAAGGGCUGCUAUAGUACUUAGAACUUUACUUCCUUCACUUUACUUCUGGAUUAUGAAAAAUCGCGCAAAAAAACUUGAAUAGAAUAAAUAUUAUUUAAAAACUAUUUAAUUAUAAAAAUAGAUAAAUUGAUUGAUUGUUGUUUUAUUGAGAUGGAUUUAUGUGUAAUAUAUUUCUUUUGUAU